CUUUGCUCAGCGGUGCUGGGCGUGGGGCGCGGGCCGGGUGCUGCGCGGGGAUCCGGGGCGCUCGCUCCAGCUGCCUCUGCGGAUAUGUCGGGUCCGCGCGCGGGAUUCUACCGGCAAGAGCUGAACAAAACAGUAUGGGAGGUGCCGCAGCGGCUGCAGGGCCUACGCCCGGUGGGCUCCGGCGCCUACGGCUCGGUCUGUUCGGCCUACGACGCGCGGCUGCGCCAGAAGGUGGCUGUGAAGAAGCUGUCUCGCCCUUUCCAAUCGCUGAUCCACGCGAGGAGGACAUACCGUGAGCUACGCCUACUCAAACACCUGAAGCACGAGAACGUCAUAGGACUUUUGGACGUCUUCACGCCGGCCACAUCCAUCGAGGAUUUCAGCGAAGUGUACCUCGUGACCACCCUGAUGGGCGCUGACCUGAAUAACAUCGUCAAGUGUCAGGCCCUGAGCGAUGAGCAUGUUCAGUUCCUUGUCUACCAGCUGCUGCGUGGGCUGAAGUAUAUCCACUCGGCGGGCAUCAUCCACCGGGACCUGAAGCCCAGCAAUGUAGCGGUGAAUGAGGACUGCGAGCUGAGGAUCCUGGACUUUGGGCUGGCACGCCAGGCUGAUGAGGAGAUGACUGGAUAUGUGGCCACACGGUGGUACCGGGCUCCAGAGAUCAUGCUGAACUGGAUGCACUACAACCAGACAGUGGACAUCUGGUCUGUGGGCUGCAUCAUGGCUGAGCUGCUCCAAGGAAAGGCCCUCUUUCCUGGAAACGACUACAUCGACCAGCUGAAGCGAAUCAUGGAGGUGGUGGGCACACCCAGCCCUGAGGUUCUGGCAAAGAUAUCCUCAGAGCAUGCCCGGACGUACAUCCAGUCUCUGCCUCCCAUGCCCCAGAAGGACCUCAGCAGUGUCUUCCAUGGAGCUAACCCUCUGGCUGUAGACCUCCUUGGAAGAAUGCUGGUGCUAGACAGUGACCAGAGAGUCAGUGCGGCCGAAGCCUUGGCCCAUGCAUACUUCAGCCAGUACCAUGACCCCGACGAUGAGCCAGAGGCCGAGCCCUAUGACGAAAGUGUCGAGGCCAAGGAGCGCACCCUGGAGGAGUGGAAGGAGCUUACUUACCAGGAAGUCCUUAGCUUCAAGCCCCUGGAAACAUCGCAGCUCCCUGGCACCCAUGAAAUUGAGCAGUGAGGCAUUGCCUGAGGGGGGAGACCUGAGCCUGUCCCCUUUCCUCAGCUUGCUGGCUUUCCUCAAGAGGUGCCUCUCAGGCAGCCCUGACACUUAACCUGGGACCCCCUAGCCUUGAGAAGCUCUACACCUAUACACACGAAUGCACGGAUGUGUCUGUAACCCUGCUGUUAUGUGUCGGAGUCUGGGCAGUAGUGGACCUACCUUGGUCCACCCAGGUCCACCUCAGCGUGUGGGAUCCGAAUGGGUCCCUGCCCCUGUCCAGAUCUCUUCUGUUCUUGAGGACUAUCUGGAUUGGGAGGAAGGCAAAUGGGCCAUGGUCCCUGGAGACUCUGGGGGGAGGGAGAGUCACAGUGGUUGGAGAUGCUCAACCAGGAAGUGAGUAGCGGGAAAGCUGAGGCAGGCCCAGUGCCUCACCCAACUGAGUGGCGGUUUCCUCUGGGGAUGGGAAGGCCGCGACCACUAUCAGAUUAGCUGUCUAAUCAGAAAAGCCUGCUGAAGCUUUGUGGUUCCUGUGAUAUGAGGGUAAAUGGGUGUGAUUGUGCACCCUGGUAUACACAUCAGCAAAUGCAGGCAUGCGCUGGUGUGUAUGAAUCUAUGAGCACACAAGAGCCCGCAGCCAUUUCUGGUAUGACGCCUAAGUUGGAGACACUCUUGCCUCCUCUCCUCCCAAGUUCCGGUUGUCUAAUGGGUCUUGUGACCCAGCUUUGAACCAGGCUAAGGCUCCGAGAGGGGCCAAGAUCCAUUAGUUUAAGCAAACAUAGGGUAUAAGGAGCUGCAGCAGGAUCCUGAGUCACAAAGGCACAAUGCCAGCUGGGAAUCCGAUGGAGUUGGUGGUCUGAUCUCAAGGAUGCUAGGUGGCCAGCACCCACGGAUGUGAACUUGGACAUUCUCGCCCCGGGACUUUGAUUCAAAGCUGACAAAUGUCUGUCCACAUUCUACCUCCUCCUACCCUUGUAGCAGUGUGGUUGGGCUGGGGUGCCCUGGUUUGUGAGUCACCCCCUUGUCUCCCCAUCCCCCAGAGAGGAGCUGACCAAGUAACUUUUGAGGUAGGGCCCUGUUGGAAGACAUGUUGGGGGUGUGACUCCUCCCUGAAGAGAUGAUGAUCUCUUGCUAUCAGGGACCAGGGGGCUCUGGAUGUCAAGUGCCUGCACCAAGAGUGCACAAUAAAGGGGUUUCCCUCUUGCUCUUGUUUGUGUG